GACCACCAGCAUCUGUGGAUAUCCAGGAAACUCGAGCAGUCCAGCCAGAUGACUGGGGAUUGGGUACACCCAAGCAAGGCUCUACUCUGUGUAAUUUGGGUCAUUGUGGCUGCCAGCAAGGGGCCUGACAAUGAAGCACCACAAAGAAACACCCAGCUGGGAUGGGUCCAGGGGAAGCAAGUUGCCGUGCAAGGGAGCCCCAUGCCUGUCAACGUGUUCCUUGGAGUUCCCUUUGCUACACCCCCUCUGGGACCCCUGCGAUUUGCAGACCCACAACCUGCAAAGCCCUGGAAUGACUUGCGAGAUGCUACCUCCUACCCAAAACUGUGCUUCCAGAACUCGGAGUGGCUGCUCUCAGAUCAGCACAUACUCAAGGUGCAUUAUCCUACCUUUGAAAUCUCAGAAGACUGCCUGUACCUUAACAUCUACGCACCAGUUCCUGCUCAUGAGAACUCCAAACUGCCUGUGAUGGUGUGGUUUCCAGGCGGUGCUUUUGAGACUGGCUCAGCUUCCAUCUUCGAUGGGUCUGCACUAGCUGCCUAUGAGAAUGUGCUGGUUGUGACUACUCAAUACCGGCUUGGAAUAUUUGGCUUCUUCACCACACAGGACCAGCAUGCUUCUGGGAACUGGGGCUUUAAGGACCAGCUAGCUGCUCUUUCUUGGGUGCAGAAGAACAUCAAUUUCUUUGGUGGGGAUCCUGGCCGUGUGACCAUCUUUGGCGAGUCAGCAGGAGGCAUAAGUGUUUCCAGCCUUGUACUGUCCCCCAUGGCCACUGGUUUAUUCCACAGGGCCAUCAUGGAGAGUGGGGUAGCCAUCAUUCCCUACCUGAAGUCUGCUGAUGAUCAAAGGAGUAAAGAUUUGCAGAUUGUUGCAGAAGCCUGUGAUUGCAAUGCAUCGGACUCCCUGGCCCUGCUGACGUGCCUGAGAGAGAAAUCCUCCAAAGAGUUACUGAGCCUUGGCCAGAAAACAAAGUCUUUCACUCGAGUGGUUGAUGGCCUUUUCUUUCCUGAAGAUCCUCUAGAACUGUUGACUCAACAAACCUUCAAAACAGUCCCUUCUAUCAUUGGUGUCAAUAACCAUGAGUGUGGUUACUUGCUCCCCAUGAAGACAAUUCCUGAUAUCAUUGAUGGAGCCAACAAGUCUUUUGCCCUGCGUAUGCUACACUCUAUCCUGAACAUUCCUGCCCAGCUUUUGUAUGUUGUGUCUGAUGAAUACUUUCAUGACAAACACUCUUCUAUUGAAAUCCGAGAUAGUCUCUUGGACUUGCUUGGAGAUGUGUUCUUUGUGGUCCCAGCACUGAUCACAGCUCGCUACCACAGAGAUAGUGGUGCACCUGUCUACUUCUACGAGUUUCAGCAUCGACCCCAAUGUUUUGAAGACACAAAGCCUGAGUUUGUCAAAGCUGACCACUCUGAUGAAAUCCGCUUCGUCUUUGGAGGUGCCUUCCUGACGGGGGAUGUGGUCAUGUUUGGGCAGACAACUGCACCACCUGUGGUGAACACCAGGCAGGGCAAGGUCCUGGGGAAGUUUGUCAGUGUAGAAGGAGUGGCACAGCCUGUGGCUGUCUUCCUGGGAAUCCCCUUUGCCAAGCCCCCGCUGGGAUCCCUGAGGUUUGCACCACCAGAACCUGCAGAGCCAUGGAGCUACGUGAAGAACACCACCUUCUACCCACCCAGGUGUUCUCAAAUCGGAACAGUCAAUUUAGAUUUUAAUCCAGACAUGAAAAAUACUACUCUUAAUAUGUCUGAAGACUGCCUUUACCUAAAUGUUUACACUCCCAGCAACUUGGUGAAGAAAAGUAGGCUGCCGGUGAUGGUGUGGAUCCAUGGAGGUAUUUUGUUGGUAGGUGCAGCAUCAGAGUUCACUGGGCUGGCCAUGGCUGCACAUGAAAAUGUAGUGGUGGUGACUGUUCAGUACCGUCUGGGCAUCUGGGGAUUCUUCAGCACAGGAGAUGAGCACAGCCGAGGGAACUGGGGUCACUUGGACCAGGUGGCUGCACUGCGCUGGGUCCGGAACAACAUUGCUAACUUUGGAGGGAACCCAAGCUCUGUGACUGUUUUUGGAGAGUCAGCAGGUGCUCAAAGUGUGUCUGUUCUUGUUUUAUCACCGCUGACCAAGAACCUCUUCCGUCGAGCCAUUUCAGAGAGUGGUGUGGCCCUUUUGCCUGGCCUUUUCAUUAGGAACCCAAAACCUUUGGCUGAGAAAAUUGCUGUCACAGCUGGGUGUUCUACCACCACCUCAGCUGUCAUGGUUCACUGCUUGCGCCAGAAGACAGAGGAGGAACUCCUGGAAGUAACACAGCAAAUGAAAUUCGCCAUUGUGGAUUUUGAUGGAGAUCCUACAGAGAGCUACAUCUUCAUGACCACAGUUGUUGAUGGGGUGCUGCUGCCAAAAGCUCCUGAAGAGAUUCUGGCAGAAAAGAAAUUCAACAAGGUCCCCUACAUCGUGGGAUUCAACAAGCAAGAGUUUGGUUGGCUUCUUCCAUUGAUAAUGGGCUAUCCACUCUCUGAAGAGGGGCUGGACCAAGACACAGCAACAGAACUCUUGUGGAAAUCCUACUCUGUUGUGAACAUCUCUAAAGAACUGAUUCCGAUGGCCAUUGAAAAAUACUUGGGAGGAACAGAUGAUCCUGUGCAAAAGACAGCCUUGUUUAAGGGCAUGAUGGGAGACUUGUUAUUUUGUGUCCCUGCUGUGGUUGUGGCUCGUUAUCACAGAGAUGCUGGAGCACCCACCUACAUGUAUGAGUUUGCGUAUCGUCCGAGCUUCUCACCAGAUUUGAGACCUUUGACGGUGAUUGGGGAUCACGCAGAUGAACUUUUUUCUGUCUUUGGGAUUCCACUUCUCACAGGGGGUGUGUCAGAAGAGGAACUCCAACUGAGCAAGAUGGUGAUGAAAUUCUGGGCCAACUUUGCUCGAAAUGGGAACCCCAAUGGGGAAGGGCUUCCUCAGUGGCCGAAAUAUGACCGCAAGGAAGGAUAUCUGCAGAUUGGAAACUUCACCCAGGAGGCCCAGAAGCCAAAAGAUGAGGAAGUGGCUUUCUGGAUUGAGCUCCAUGCCUAGGAGGCAGUGACUUCA